CUAGUUUCGUAAUUCCACACCCACAAACCCUCCACAUAUAUAUAGCUGCGAUCUCAGUUCAUUGAAAUCCCUCUCGCCCUCUCCCCGGCUCCCGAAUCUCCCUGCUUUCUUUUCCAUUGAAAUAGAUCGAGAGCUCAAGUUUCUGUGAUCAUGUUAGUCUAUCAGGAUUUGCUCACAGGAGAUGAACUUCUGUCGGACUCUUUCCCCUACAAGGAAAUCGAGAAUGGAGCCCUUUGGGAAGUCGAAGGAAAGUGGGUUGUUAAGGGAGCUGUGGAUGUAGACAUUGGCGCAAACCCUUCUGCUGAAGGUGGUGAGGAGGAUGAUGGUGUUGAUGACCAAGCCGUUAAAGUUGUUGACAUUGUCGACACAUUUAGGCUACAGGAGCAACCUCCUUUUGACAAGAAGACGUUUGUCGCGUACAUCAAGAAGUACAUCAAGUUGUUGUCGGCCAAGCUCGAAGGCGAGAAGCAAGAGCAGUUCAAGAAGACCAUUGAGGGGGCCACCAAGUUUUUGCUCUCUAAGAUCAAAGACCUUCAAUUUUUUGUGGGGGAGAGCAUGCAUGAUGACAGCACCCUGGUGUUUGCCUACUACAAGGAAGGUGCUGUUGAUCCGACUUUCUUGUACUUCGCCCAUGGCUUGAAGGAGAUCAAGUGUUAAAUGUAUCUGGAAAUUGAUCAAUGUUCUAAGACAAGUUCAGAAUUUCUUGUAGCCAUAGGUUUUCUUAUGAUGUUGGUUUUAUGUGACAUUAGCACUAUUUGUGAGAAUGAACUGAUUUCAUUGGUAUUUUAAUGGUGGGAUCUUCGUUUUUGAUGCCAAUUGCUUUCUAUCCGAAGAUUCUAUUCCACACACUUUUUGGAGGUGAUAUCCAUUGUUAAAUUCAUUAUUCCUUCAACUUAUCAUCUUUUAUGUGGCUACUCUCUAUUUUAGCUUUU